AUGCUGACACGCUUUGUAUCAAGUACAGCUCGCCGUCUAAUAGGACGUUGCCUGCUAGAAAACAAUUAUAGUGUAACUACAGCUAGAUUGCAAUGUAAACGUACAUUUGCCUCAUCUGCAGCGUCGACAUUUCAUGGAAAGUCACAAUAUCGCUUUACUCAUGUACUCCCUGUGACAGCUUCAUCUACAAAAGUUAUUUGGAAUGACAGCUUAACAGCCGAUAUUAACUAUUUAUGGUUACGAGACAAUUGCCAGUGUUCUGAAUGCAAGCAUCCACACACUGGACAAAAACUUUUUGAUAUAACUCGAGUGCCUUUAGACUUACAACCACAAGCUAUUGAGAUGGUCGAUGAAGGUAGUCAUGUUCGAGUCGUUUGGGACAACGAUCAACAUGAAAGUGUUUAUGACAGUCAUUGGUUACGAGCAAAUGGUCGGCACUUUUUUAUCAAUAUUCCGAGUGAAAGUUCUAAACGUAAUAGCCGUCCACAAGAAAUCGAAUGGAAUCAACAUUCGAUUACGGAAAAUCCUCCUGUAAUGUCGUAUGAUGAAAUUAAGUCAUCCGAGGUUGCACUAUAUAAAUGGAUAAGUCUAAUUCACCGAUAUGGUGUAGCUAUAGUGAAAGGAACACCAAUAGAGAAAGAUUUUAUCUUAGAUAUGGCUGAAAGGAUUGCUUAUGUUAAGGAAACAUCUUACGGAAAAUACUUUGAUGUAGUAGUUGAACCAAAACCGAAUUCACAUUUAGCCUUUUCAGCUCGCGGCUUAGAUCAUCAUACGGACAUGAACUAUAGAGAAAAUUCACCAGGUUUACAGAUGUUGCAUUGUUUAAAAAACAACCACGAUGUUAGUAAUCCUGGGGGACGAACUUUUUUUGUCGAUGGUCUGCACGUUGUUAGUUGGUUAAAGAAGCAUCAUCCGUCAGCAUUUUACACUUUAUGUUCAAUCGAAGUCAAAUUUGAAUUGACAACUGAAUCGUUUACCUAUAACCAGACAAAACCAAUUAUCUGCUUGGAUAAGGAUGGCAAUUUUUCGGAAAUCCACGUCAAUAACAGAACCAUGGGUCCGAUCCAGGCUCCGAAGGAAACUAUAAAUCCCUUCUACUCUGCAUACAAUAUACUGAUGCGUAAGAUUCGCGAUCCAGAGUUACAAUACUCUCUAGGAUUACAACCUGGAGAUUUAGUAGCAUUCAAUAAUCGUCGUGUGUUGCAUGGUCGAUCUGCAUUCAAUUCGGAUCGAGUAUCUCGGCAUCUUGUGGGAUGUUAUGUUGAUUAUGACGAAAUGUUAUCUAAAUUGGAUACUCUGUAUGGAAAAGGUUUCUUCCCUAAGUAG